AAUUGGUAGACAGUUGCCAAUAUCGAUUACGAAGUAUCAGUAAUUUAUCACUGGUUUUUCUAUCUGGAUCGAUUUACCAAUUGAAUCCCCAUUGAGUGCCCCCAUUGCAUCCCAAUCAAUACCAAUUGGCAAUUUGGAGUACAUGGAAAGUAACAUAUUUUGUUUUGUUUGUUUUUGCUGUUUAUUUUUUGUGUAUUUGUUCUGCUUGUCAUUCAUUUUCUUUCGGAAUUUUGCCCCUCCGUUUUGUUUAAACUACACAACCGGUCAAUAUCUGCCCUGACUCUAUUUCACAGGGCAAGCUAUGAUUUUCUGAUAAAUGAAAAUGCAUUGAGUCGAGUCUAGAAUUCAUCGACUAGUCCUCAUUUGUCAGCAGGAAGGAAACCAAGAUCGCGAGGAAGUAGUCUCUUCAUUCAAGACCCCUUACAACAUCUUUCGAGAGCACCGAAACGACAAAGCCAAAGCAGCAGCAACUAAACAUUUCUUCUUCUUCUUCUUCUUUUUCUUCUGCUCGCAAUACUCGGAAACUUUUCCAAACAACUAGCUAAGCUGUUAUAUUUAUAGAGAUGGACAGGUAUUAUUUUUUAGAUGUUCAAUAAACUCUUCCGAACUUAAUUGUCUCUGCUCUUGUUGUUGGGGUGGUUGUGGUGGUGGUGGGCGGGUCACUGAAUAGCUGGAUUUGUGUUCGUCGAUCCUCCAAAUUUCAUCAUGGCUCGAUCCAGCCAUUGUACCGCUUCCGUGUCGCGCAUCCAAUCAGCUGAUGAAAUAACACACCCUCAGGCCCGAAUUCACAAAGGAGGUUUGUCGACAAACCUUGGUUUUCGUACGUCAUAUGACGCGUUUUAACGCGUUUUUUUUACAAACCUGUUCGUUAAAGUUCCUAUUGUACAGCUUCCGUAUCGCGAGUUCAAUCAGCUGAUGAAAUAACACACCCUCAUCGUUGAAAGUUAAACUUGCAAUUAUUCCUCUCAUUCUGUACCCCCUUCCUUUUGGACUGUAAUGAGGGGGAUCGCGAUGAGCGGAGACACCGCCCUGUGUGUGGGAUCGAUGCGUGUGAUAUAGAAGAAUACAAAUAAAAAGGGGACAGAAACUGGACUAACCAUUCAUGGACCUACUCCACGUUCGAAUGCAGGUUACACAACAGUUAAUAGUAUAAUACUAACUGUAAACAUCAGCUCAAACCUUCGAUCAAUAUAGUCUAUAAUUCACCUGUACGCGUCUGGGGUGUUUCUUAUUAUACAUAUUGGUCAGUAGACGCAUGAAUAGGUAUUUAAUAUACACCCGUAUAGGAUCCUAGCUUGCAGUUACAGGUGUUGUCUGAGAUUGAUUCUAUUCCAUAGCUGGUAACUUCUUGUCCAUACUAACCUAUGAUCCGAAUAACAAGGAAGGCGUACCCUUCUUUCUUGAGUAUACAAAUUGACAGAAACGGUGAUUAACUAGACAUGGCAAGGCUUCCAAGCGCUGGUUUACUCUUUGCGGCUGUCUUGUGCUUUGGACUCACUCCUCCCCCGGUUGCCACGGGGGCGAAAAUCAUGCUCGCGAUGACGAUGGUCUUAAACACCGUUAGUCAGCAUAUUCUGUUUUCUGCUAUUACGGAACCCCUGGUUGAACGUGGACAUGAAGUCAUACUCCUCACCCCUCAGUAUAAGGUCACUAAGGGCCUCACUGAGGGAGCCGUCACUGGGAAGAUCUUCUUUAAAACCAACCGGACAAAGGAGGAGAUGGAGGAGGUAGCUUCAGGCCUUCAGUCCAUUGCUCUUGGUUUUAGCCAAGAAUCUUUGAUGGAGAUCAUAGCAAGGAUGCGUAAGAUCUUUCCGAUGUUCUCCGAAGGAUGUUUUCGACUUUUCGAAGACCAGGAGACGUUAGAUCGCCUUAAGGCAGAGCAAUUUGAUCUGAUCAUCACCCUUCCAUUUUCCGGAUGCGAUGCCUUGCUUGCAGAGUACCUCAAGGUUCCUUUCAUCGUGAUGACUCCUCUUCGAAGGGCGCCCUCCUUUUCUGAAGACACCUUUGGAAUCCCCGCUCCAUCAUCAUAUGUUCCGUUCAGCGGAUUAACCACCUUUACCGAUCAGAUGACGUUCUUCCAAAGGACUGCCAAUAUUCUGAUGCGUUAUGUCACCGAGCCAAUGCUCAUGUACUUCACCCGUGUGGGUAUGAGUCAGAUUCAGAAGGAACAUAACAUCAGACCCGAUCUGACCCUUAAUCAGCUUCUUGGGAAAGCUCAACUCUGGUUGUCUCAAGGUCACUGGGCUUUUGAGUUCGCUACACCCAUUGCACCAAACUACGUCACAAUCGGCGGAAUCACCGUUAAACCAGUCAAACCAUUACCACAGGAAAUGAACGACUUUGUCGAAGGCUCUGGAGAUCACGGCAUCAUUGUGUUUACUCUGGGAUCUGUUGUUUCAUCGUUGAUGAAUGAGGAUCUCAAUGAAAAGUUGGCCAAAGUGUUCAGCGAGCUACCACAGAGGGUGCUAUGGCGAUUAAAGGGGACACGCCCACGUACCCUUGGAAACAACACGCUUGUCUCCGAUUGGCUACCACAGAAUGACCUACUUGGUCACCCCAAGACGAAGUUAAUGAUCUACCACGGCGGUGCUAACGGUAUCAAUGAGAUAGUCACCCACGGAGUACCGGUCCUAGUCAUGCCUCUAGCUGGUGAUCAGAUGGGUAAUGCUGUCCGCAUGCAAGCGAAAGGGAUGGGCCUCGUGGUCGACAAGAACACCCUCACGGAGGAGAGCUUUAGAGAGGCCCUUCAUGAGAUGCUGGAUAACCCCAAGUAUACAACUAAUGCGAAGAAAGCUGCCGCGAUAAUGAAAGAUGAAAUAGUUCCCGUCCGGGAGAAAGUUGUCUACUACAUCGAACACAUCUUGAAAUUCGGUGGUGAUCAUCUUCGAUCUCGGGCUCUGGAACUCAACUUCAUCCAACGAGAAUCGCUCGACGUCAUGGCGUUCCUUGCGGCUGUCGUCCUCGCAUUCAUCUUCAUUAUACGAUGGAUCGUUUGUAAAUGUUGUGGGCUAUGUUGCAGUAAGCAACAAAAAGCUGGCAAAUCUAAAUCAGAUUAGUUUAAGAAUGUUCACCGGUUCGUGAUAUAUAGAGUGUAAAACAGUAGGAAGGUAGUUUAGUGAUUGAUUUUUUUUUCUUCAUCUUCUCUCAUUUUGGCAUUUAAUAAACUCAAAUAUGCAAUAGAAUACCAUAAAAA